AUGAGUCAUCAGUAAAUUAAAUAAGCUCGUUAGAAUUCUGUUUCAUCAAUUCACAAGCAAGGGUAGUAGCAUGGUCACAGAAAAAACUUCUCUUCAUAGCUAGAAAAUAAAAAUUUUGAAGGUUCUCCUAAAAUAGGAAUGGAAUUUAAGCAGUUACUUACUCCAUCCAAAGCAUUUGAAAGUCCAGUUAUUAAAAAGGGUCAAAAUUUUUCUGACAAUAAGCCAAUAAAAUAGAAUACAUCUAUGACUAAUUUGAGAUCCAUCAUUAGCCAAAGUACAAGUUAAUCUCACAUAAGUCCAAAUGCUUAAACUCUUGUUUCUACUCAAAGUAAUAAUAAAGGAAUAAUUGGAUCGACCUUAUCCAAUAAGAGUUUAUUAACAUCUAGUGAUAGUAAUGCUUAUUUGAGCAUUAACAUAAAUCAAGCAUAAAAUUUACAAUUAAAAGAGCAUGAAUCAGCUGCGCUUUCUCCUAUUGAAGAAAUAAAUAUAAAUAGUGUCAAAAAAACUAUUCCAUUCACAUCUAUAGCUUAAAAUUCAAGGUAAACAUUAGAAAUCCCUCGUUCAACUCUUAACUUUAACAUCGAUAACACAUCAAAAAAAGCAUAAAAUAUGAAUAAUAAUUAGUUAGCAGGAGUUUUAGGAAUAAGCAAUAAUUAGCAAACCAAAGGAUAAGAAAUGUAAUAAAUACCAAUAGGAAUUAAUAAAAUGUAGCAACAAAAGUCUUUAGGUUAACUAAAUAAUAAUUAUUAUUCAAAGAGCUCAUAUAACAUGCCUUAACCUAAUCUAACUCCAAGCACUACAGCAGUUAACACUCAAUCAAUCAGCAAUAUAAUCAACAAGACAAACCCAAUUAUGCAAAACUUUUAGUAGCAAUAAUAACAAAAUUAGAAUUAGAUAAAUUAAAACAAUAAAAAUGUUUCUUUGAAUUAAAAUAAUCAAUAGAUAAUCUAUCUGUAGCAAUCUCCUCUUUAAGUAUAAUAGCCUAAUUUGAUGUAAAUAAAUGGAGCUACUUUGACAGAAUCUCAAAAUACUCAAAACGCAUAAAAUACUAAUCCGAAUGUUGCUAACAGCUAAAGUAGACAAAGCUCUAUAACAAAUAUAAGCAAUUUUCUUCAAAAUGAUUAUAUUAAUGCUCUAAAAAAUGAAGAUUAAGUUUAAGAUGCAAAAACGUUUUUCACAUCUUCUAAAGAUUAAAUGAAUAGUGUUAUAGGUAAACAGCAACGAAGUAUCUCUAAAGAAUAUAGUUUAAAAAAAGAACCUUCAACUAUUAGUCUCAGAAGAAAAGAAUCUUAUUCUAAUUAAAACCACAGUGGAUCAAGGAACAAUUCAUAGAAUUAAAAGAUAAAUAAUAAUUACUCAGUACAAAUAAACACAGGAGCAAGUAGCCAAUUAAACAAUAAUUCAUAAGAAUUAAGUUAAAAUUAAGGAAAGAUUAUUCCAUCUAUUUAAAUUUAGAACUACGAGGAAUCUAGAAAACAUACUGCCCCUUCUUCUCAUUUGGGAAUUAAGAAUGCAAACAUUAAUUUAUCUACUUUGACUAAUUCCUAAUCAAUAAAUAACUCAAUAUCAUAAACUUAGCUAAAUAACCCUAAUUAUCAAGCUCUAAUAACUUAAUAAAGUACAUAAUUAAACUCUUCUUUGAAUAACUCUGCUGGAAAACAAUCUGAUAAUAACCAGCAACCUACUGCAAACUUUAAAUCUUAAUUUAGAAAAGAAAGUCUAAUUGCUUUCUAACUCCCACAGUAAAAAUAAUUUAGUAAGCAAUCUUCGUCAACGCUUUUUGUUGAUAUUGAAGAGUCUUUAAUUAAUAACUAAGUUAAAAGAUGCAACUAAAGAUCACAUACUCAGCUUAAUACGAGUCCUGGUAGAGACAGAAGUCCACCAAUAUUACAAAGUAAGCAAAGUUCAACAAGCUAAAGAAGUAUUUAAGAUAUUUCGCCUUCAACUUCAGUCAAAUUAUAUAAUAAACGUCAUACAGAGAUUUAUUCUCCUUAAAAAUCACUUUCUCCUAACAAAUCUUUAUUUUAAAUGGUAAAACUAGCUAUGCAAUAAUCUUAAUAAUCAGAAAAUUCGUCUAUCCCAAAUUCUCCUUUAAAAAUUGGUAGAAAAAAUAAAAGAAAUAUGAGCUAUGUUAAUCUGCCAUCAGACACAAGUGGAAACAUCAAAACCUUUUUGCGUUUUCGUCCUAAUAAUAACAUGGAGUUAGAAUUAAAUAACCAGGGCCUUGGCUAAAACAUUAUAAAUUUUAUUGAUGACUAUUCAGUUUCCUUAAUUGGCGAGUAAUAGUAAGUUUAUACCGUUGAUAAAAUAUUCACUCCAAAUGAUACUUAGGAAACAAUAUACUUUUAAGUUGGAAAAGAGGUGAUAGUUGAUGUUUUUUUAGGAUAUAAUGGAACAAUCUUUACAUAUGGAGUUACUGGAUCUGGUAAAACUCAUACUAUGUUUGGAAAUAUAACAGAUUAGGUUUAGAAGGGAAUAAUCCCAAGAAUUUGUAAUUAAAUAUUUGAUUUGGUUGAAAAUGAUGAAGAAGGAACAGAAUUUAUAAUUAAUUGUUCUAUGCUUGAAAUAUAUAAAGAAAUUUUAUAUGAUUCAUUUUAAGAAGGAAAAGAAGAGCUGAAAAUAAAAGAAAAUGUUUAAAAGGGUAUUUAUGUUCAAGGAUUAACUUAAACGAGUAUUGCUAAUUAAGAUGAGUUAAUAUAGUUGAUUAACAUAGGAUAUAAUACAAAAAGGACUAGAGAAACAAGACUUAACGAAUACUCUUCCAGAAGUCAUACGAUUUUUAUGAUUGAGAUUUAGCAAAGACUUUCUAACGGGGAUGAGAAAAUUGGUAAAAUCAAUUUGAUUGACUUAGCAGGUGCUGAAAAGGUUAGCAGAAGUGGUGCUCAAGGUGAAUCCCUAGAAGAAGCUAUAAAAAUUAACUUAUCUUUAUCCUGCUUAGGAAAGGUAAUUCAUGCCCUUACUAGUGGAAAUGAGUACAUACCAUAUAGAGACUCAAAAUUAACAAGAAUUCUUCAAGAAUCUUUGGGAGGCAAUUAUAAGACUUCUCUGAUAGUAACUUGCUCAAUGCACUCAAGCUUUUAAGAUGACACAAUUAGUAGUUUGAAAUUCGCUACUAGAGCUAAGACAAUAAAAAACACUUUCAAAAUGAACAUAAAAGUGAAUCCAAUAAAUCUCUAAAAAGAAUUAGAAACUCUUAAAAUUUAAACUGAAAGUUAUAAAUACAUGCUUAAUAAUGUAAGGAAUAUUUUCUUCGAUGCUCAAAACAAAAUUUCAAGUCUUCCUAACAUUUCUUCAGAUCCUAAGCUUUAUGAAAUAAAAAAUAAGCUUGAUGAAUUUCUCACUUUAUAGAGUGCUAUCGAUGAUAUAAGCACAGUUUCAAACACAGAUUUACCUUAACUUAACGGAGGAGUUAUUGACAAUAAACUAAUUUCAACUUUUUUAGCUUCUAAAAAAGAUGCACAAAUGAUGGUGAAGGAUGAAAAUAUAAAACAAUUAAUGCAAACUAAUUCUGAUUUAAAUGAGCAGAUACAAUCUCUUUAGUAAGAGAAUCAAGCACUCAAAAAAGAAAAUUUGAAUUUGACUGUUAAAUUAAAUGAAAUAUCUCAAGAAAAAAAUUAAAUUAAGUUAUAGCUAAAUAAAUAGCUUUCAAAAAAUGAUUAUUCAAAUUUUUCUUUGGGAAUACUUUAAAAGUAAAUUUAGCAUUUAGUUGACUCUGUUUGUGGAGCUGAAAAGAGAAUUUCUUCUAUCCUACAAGAAAAAAAGCUUGUAGUUGAUAUAAAAUUUGAAGAUUAUUUGAAAGAAAAGUUAUCAUUUUCAGAGAUAGUGCUGGCAGAUUACUUUAAAAAUUCUAUCAACUUUAAUUUUGAAUCUGCAGAAAAAGGAUAUAAAGACGUUUAAGAAAAUCUGAAAAAAUUUAAUUUAGAAGGUGAUGAUGAUUUUAUGGCUGAAAAAAGUAUGGAGGUCGAAAGCAGUAGUUACUUAAUUGAUAGCGAAGUAGACUAAAUCGAUAACAAUAAUGCUAGUAAUUAAGCUACAUUUAAUUAAAUCAAUCCAAAUAAAAAUGCACCUUAGUUAUCUAAAAAACCUCGAUUAAGCAGUAACUCUACUAGCUCUUUUGUCUGUAAUAUAGAUUCGAAGAUUUUUCAGAAUGAAAAUAAUGAAAUCUUAAAAAAAAUAUUUGCUAUGCCAUCUAAGCUAGAUAUGGCCUCAGUUUCAGAAACAGUCUCUAAUGACUUCAUCAUUGUUUCACUAAAAAAAUAAUUAAUUGACUCUCACAUCCUUAACUAAAAUCUGCUAAGAACAGUUAAUGCACUCGAAUGGAAACAAAUUAUAGAGUAUGGUAAAUCAAAGUUAAAAUCAGAUCAGAUUUAAAUUUAAAGGAAAUAAAUUAAACAUCUUGAAAAUGUGUUAGAAGAAGUUACUGAAAAUCACAAAGAGCUUAGAUUAAAAAUAGAAGACUUAGAAUUUGAUAUGUAUCAGCAAUAUGCAUAACAAAGACCCAGAGAAUUAAGUUUAAUUGAUAACAAGAAAUAAAAUAAAAACAAGAUAAUUAUUCCUUUGACACCUUAAAAUGUUCAAAGACAAUAGUUGCUUAAAACUGAUAAUAAAAAAAGUAAUUUUGGUAGCGAAGUAAAAUCUGGUAAUUUUUCAAAAGACUCGCUGUCUAAUUUCUCUACAAUUCAGAAAGACCUGAUAGAUAUUUAAUAGAGUUUUAAAGAAAUGGAAUUAGACAUAAUACCUUUGACUUACUAAAAUGCACUUGAUGAAUUAAAAAAGAGAAAUAUUAUACUUAAAAGGAUAAGAGAAAUAAAUAUGAUGGACUUUGAUUCUUUUGAGGCAUAUGCAACUAGCUUACCUUAAAAAGAAACUGAUGAAUCUAUUAAAAACGAAAGAGAAAGACUUAAUAACAAAAUCAUAAUACUCUAAUAAGAAUUGAAGAUGGAGUAAGUAAAAGUAGAAUCUAUCAAACACUCUCUGUUAGUUGAGAGAAAGAAUGUGAAGGAUUUGAAGAAACUCACAGAAAAUAUGGAGGUUUCUUUAAGAAAUACAUUAAAAGAAGAAAAUGAUAGUUGGCAAUAAACUAUAAAUGAAGUUACAGAAUUAAAUAAAGUAGAACUUACCAAGAGAUAAGCAGAAUACAACUAACUUAGAGAAAUAUUCUUCAAUAUUUUAGAAUUUUCUCUUUAAAAAAUAUAAGAGAUGAAAGGUAAAUGGUCAUCUUAAGAGGUGUAAGAGCUUGAAAAUAUAAUUAUAGAAAUGGAAAAAGCCAAAUUACAGAUAGGUAAAUGUUAUGAAAAUGCUAUUAAAAAAAGAUCUAGAAAUUCUUCAAUAUAAAGUAUUUAAAUCCUUACACCUAAAAGGCCACCACAGCAACCUCUAGUAAAUAUACCUGAAAUUAGUCUUUAAUCAAAAUAAUAAUGA